AUGGCCGGAGCUAAACGACGGCUUGAUGCAGCCCACGGCUCGGUCGCUCCCUCUACCAAUAACACGUCCGCCCUUAACAGCAAAGAACCUGCUAGCAAUGAUUCUUUCAACACCCGUGUGACUCGAAAUUUACGUUCGAGCCGGGAUGCGCGUGCUGGUCAAAAUGAUAAUGCUAAGACUACCAACACUACUGCUGGCAGUGGCACUAGCAAUCAAAAUAGCAACGCCACUAACAACUCCACCAAGCACGGCAGCAAUCGGCCGUCGCGCAUUAUAACGCUCAAAUAUGGCGCUGGCAAUGCUAGUUUAUCAAAAGGAACAACCCGUGAAACGCCUGUAACUGCUUCGGCUGCCGCACCUACUCCAAAUGCUUCCGCCAGCACUCGUGAAACGCGGAACAGCCGAGCGCGGGCUGCGGCUGGCACCCCUGCAGUUCCUGCGGCUCAGCCCAAUUCAAGCCGCUCUGAACCUGCGCCUUCUGUCACUGCGGCACCCGAGACUCCUCGGACUAAGCGCGUCAAACGAGGCUCGGUGGCCGAAGAGACUCCGAGAAGUACAAGGCAAUCAACAAGACUGAAAGGCAACGUUCAUGAUACACCCACAGAAAAUGGGGCCACAGAGUCUAAACCAUUGGAUGCAAGCCCCUUAGCUCCUGGUGCUACCAACACUAGAACUAGAAAUCGCAAUCGACAUGCUGGGGACGUCGGCACCAAUGUAUCGACUCGCAGUCGCCCAACGACGUCAGUUGUCAAAUCUCCGCUUCCUGAAGAUGUCGCCUCAGAAGCAGCCGCGAUGUCUAAUCCAGCCGAUAUUGAGGCGUCACACACCGCAGAGUCAACGCCGCCCCCUGGAGAAUCGCCAAAAGGCACUGUGUCUCCUCCCCGUCACAAGAAAGAGGAACAUCAAGCCGCUGAAAAUGACGAGGAAUCUAAAGCCGUCUCGGCCAGAACUAGUCCGAUCUUGUCGCGAAAGCGCAAGUCUCUCGAUACGGAUGAGCAAGGGGCUAUCCCAUCCACGUUGAGUUCGCCAACCAAGAAGCCGAAAGUAGAGGCAGCCGCGCUCCACCGUGCGUCAGAACCAACGCUGCAGAACGGCGACGGGCGUAAGCUGGAAGAUUCAUUGUCCCAGCCGGAUGAUGGAACAGCUUCUAAAGUGGACGAAGGGUCUCGGCAAAUCACUGAAGAAGCUGACGAUUCUACUACGCCGGACAAUGUUGCCGAAUUAGCUACUUCUAAAGCAACUCGUGGUGGCCGUAAUCGAGGUCGGGGUCGAGGAGCGCGCAACAGAACAUCAGCUCGUUUUGGCGUGAACAAGCGAGGGCGUGGUGGCACUCGUGUUGCGCGCUCCACGCGCACUGGGCGUCAGGAUGACCGGUCUAGUGAUAUAGAGUUCGAACGGUCGCCAUCUCCAAGCGCCGCCACCCAAAAGUUGAGAGACCGUCAGCGUGAAUUAGACAAGGCUUUUAGAAGGGUGGCUGCCGCACAACGAUUGGCUUUGGCUGUACUCGCUACACAGUCCGAGAAGCGUAUCGCUCGCGACAAGAACGCGCAUAAGGCUGUUCCUGAGUUUGAGGAAAUCAGUUUGGUUUUGAAGACCCACUUGCGUGAGAAGCAAGAUACUCUGAAACGAGAAUACGACCUCAAGGUAGCGCAGGAGAACAGGAUAUACAAAGCCAACAAAGAGGCUAUCGAGGAGCGGUGUCGAGCAUCCUCUCGUUAUAUUCAAGAGGAACAUCUUCUUGCGAGUCACGGGGAGUAUAUGACAUUCAUCGAAGGCCGUCGCGCGGCGGAAGAUGAUGAGCAUACUGAGACCGACGGCUCUGAAACAGAGAAUGAACGCGGACGACGAGCCCCUGUGAUGCGAGAAGUUUAUAGAGGUUUCAACUCCUCGCUCGUGCGUGACCCUGCUGGAGCAGCUUCCUAUGAACGUGCUGCUUUCGGCUGGGAUGACUUCGUCCAACGAGCCAAGCUCGGCGAUGAUAUCAAUCCCCAGAUGAAAGAGAUAAGAGACGCUGGUCCGUUCGCUGGACUUUCUGGCGGGGAGAUUAUCAACAUGUUGUUGGAAGCCACCGGAAUCGUCGAAGUGCGGGAUGGCGUUCCUAUGAAGGAGCAUCAUCCUCCACCUUAUGCGGAUGUGAGGUCCUCGGCGCUGACAGCCCUGGCUGACCUUGCGGCGGCUGAGGUGCCCCGGCCUACGCUCCAGCAUACGCCGCGGCUUGCAGCUCAUCGUGCCAUUCUUCCUCAACCUCCACAACCCCAACCUCAACCCCCUCAGCCACCGCCGAUACACCAUGCGCACCCAGAACCCCGACCGUUUUUGCCGCCACCGACACCCCGAGGCCAGCCGAGGCGACUCCUCCCGGCGGGACAACAAAUCCCGCCGAUCAAUGAGACGCUUGGCCUUCCUGACCCAUUCUCGUCGCGCGGUGGGCCUCCGCAGCUUCCACCUCCACCAGGGUCGAACUUUCAACGGCCUCCCUUGCCGGGCUACUUGACGGGGCAUCACCAUCCAAGUAUAUACUAUCAGCCACCGCCACAGCCACCUCGGCCGCCGUAUUGA